UCAUCGAACCAAGCCUCGUGAAUCGGUUAUGAUCUCCGGUUUUAUCUAUUCAUUUCGCUUCAUUUAUGUCACUAAUACAUUUAAAGUGAUAAAUUUAUGUAAAAAAUUAUAACUAAUGUUUCUGUUCCCGAUAAUUUCGAUAGUAAAUGUAAUGUCACAAAGUACGAGCGAACAGAAAAGGCUAACUAUUUAAAUUAAAAAAGCGUCCUUCCGUGGCGUUUGUCUUUAAACGUUUUCCAUACGUUUAGAAACUGUAACCAGUCAGUUGCGUUCUGCUGUCUGGUGUUGCCACGUAAACUUAUUUAUCGUUCACUUUGUUAUUUUAUUUCAAGUGUUUAAUAUCGUUUGCUUUUUAGGAUACAAUAUCCAUCAAUAUAUUCAUAUACGUUGAUAUUCUUGAAAUAAUAAGCCUGGACUUCAGAAUACAACAGAUAUGAGUGCAAAUAAUUGUUUCAAAAUUGAACAUGUCAGUAAAGAAGAUUUGAUUAUUUGGUUCCGUCGUACAGUUUCUCCGAAGUUCAAUGCAAUCGAAGACCUAUGGUCUGGAUCCGAUCUUUGCUUAGGAAUGGAAAUACUUUUCCCUGGCUCUGUUGAUUUACGGAAUAUAAAGAUUGACAGACUUACAGAAAACGAUCGGCGCCAUAAUUUUACUUAUCUUCAAACAGUUUUUGAGAAAAAUGGUGUUGAAAAAGAGAUUCCCGUUGAAGAUAUUUUAAAAGGAAAUUUUAAGAGUUGUUAUCAGUUUGGGCAAUGGUUCCGAUCAUUCUUUCUGGAGAAUUAUCAAGGCCAACCUUAUGAUAUAAACCAAAUUAGAGCCUCAUGCAAAAAGAAAAAGUUCAAGAAAAGGGCUACAAAAUCUCAAAAUAGAGAACAUUCUCAAGAUACAAAGGACUUCUCUGAAACGAAUGCUCAGUCACCAGUCGACAAAAACAAAGAAGAAACCUCGAAAUCAGGGAAUCACCGUGAUAAUGAAUCUGUUCAUAAAAACGCUAUGAUUCAACCGCCGAAGAUAUUCGUCAAAUCAAAGAAUUUGGCUGUGAAUAAUACGUUUCGGGUUCAAAAUGUAAGCAAAGAAGAUUUAAUUAUUUGGUUCCGCAGAGCAAUCGCUCCGAAAUUGUCCAGCAUUGGUGAAUUAGGAACCGGUGUCGAUUUUUGUGUUGGUAUAGGAAUAUUAUUUCCUGGCUCAAUUGCUUUUGAAGAUAUAAAAUUCAGUCCUGUUACCGACACGGAUAAACGCCAGAAUUUCAAAUGUCUUCAAGCUGCUUUUAAAAAUUUUGCAGUCGAUAAGGAUAUUCCAGUGGAGAACUUAAUAAAAGGAACCUUUAAAGGGAAUUUCUUCUUCGGAAAAUGGUUUAAAGCAUUUUUUCACGCAAACUAUAAAGGUCAAACGUAUGAUUUGUGUCGACUGCGUGGUUUGGGUAAUAAUAAUUACAACAAAAACAACAGAAAGAGUCAUUGUUAUGAAAAAUGUGAAAGGGAGAAUUCCGGUCAAGGUGACGCUUGCAGGAGAAAUAGUGAAUCUGGUGUUGAAGCGAUGGCAAAACAUGUUGAGUGCCACCGUAGAUGUAAGUUGAUAUUAGAAAAGGAAUCCCAAACAGAUUUGGACUAUGAAGCUGAUAUGAGCGACAAAGACAGGGAGUCGGAUAAUAACAAGAUAGAGAAACUUUCUGAAAAACUGCAACGGAUCGAAACUAUUUGCAGGAAUAAUCCAGACGAAGGAAUAUGUCUAAUGAUAUGGAAAGUACUCGCAGAGGCUUGAUUGGAUAAAACUGAAUAGAGUAUGACAGAAAGAUAUUGUGAAUGAAUAAAAAAAAAGUUGUUCUUUGAAUUGGAAAAAGAAUCCAA